AUGUUAUCUCUUUCCGUACGUCAAACUCGAGCAGUGUCGACUUUGGGCAUCUAUGUGCGUGGGUCCAUGCGGGCAGCAAGGGGUGAUAUAUUCACAAGCAUUAAUCCAGCAACCGGAGAGACUCUAGCCAGUUUGAAAGCGGCGAACUCUAAGGACGUUGAGGAGGCCGUAACUAGUGCUGUUGAAGGGCAGAAGGAGUGGUAUGCAAUGACCGGGGCCCAAAGGGGCCGAGUACUUCAUAGAGCUCAAAGGUUACUCCGAGAGAAUGCUUAUGAGUUAGCCGUGUUAGAAUCUGCGGACACUGGAAAGCCGCUUUCUGAGGCCGUCAAUGUGGAUGUCGUCACUGCUGCUGAUACCAUAGAGCUCUACGCCAACCUGUCCAGUACAGCAUGUGUUCAGGGCCAGUACUUACCGGUGAUGGGCUCAGGAUCAUUCGGGUACACCAUAAGGGAGCCUCUGGGGGUAUGUGCAGGGAUUGGUGCAUGGAACUACCCACUGCAGAUCGCCGCAUGGAAAAGUGCCCCUGCAUUGGCUUGCGGGAAUAGCAUGAUAUUCAAACCUGCAUCACUAACCCCACUAAGUGCAUUUAAGCUCGCCGAGAUUUACAGCGAGGCGGGUUUGCCCUCGGGGGUCUUCAACGUCCUCACGGGAAGGGAUGCAGGUGAACGCCUUGUUGAGCACCCCAGAGUAAACAAGAUCAGUGUGACCGGUGAAGUUGGUACUGGGAAAAGUAUACUAGAAGUCAGCGCUCGUACGCUGAAGAAAGUUACUAUGGAGCUCGGCGGGAAGUCCCCUGUGAUCGUAUUUGAUGAUGCUGAUAUCGACAAUGCUGUAGCGAGUGUACUGGCAGCCAACUUCUUCAGUCAGGGGGAAGUGUGCUCUAAUGGUACUAGAGUAUUCGUACACAAAUCUAUACACGAUACAUUCUUGAGGCGAGUCGUUGAUCGUACCAAGAGGAUUCGUGUUGGCGACCCCAUGGACCCCGACACCCAUAUGGGUGCUAUCAUUAGUGAGAGUCAUAUGAAUAGAAUUAUGGAAUAUGUCCGCAUCGGACAAGAAGAAGGAGCUAAACUAGAGUGUGGUGGAGAGCGUCUCACGAAGGGGUCCUUGGCCCGAGGGAAUUUCAUGUCCCCGGCUGUAUUCUCACAUGUCAAAGAUGAUAUGCAAAUCGCGAAGGAAGAGAUAUUUGGCCCUGUUAUGACGGUGUUCUCGUUCAAUAACGAGGAGGAGGUCAUACAGCGGGCUAAUGAUACGGAAAUGGGCUUGGCUGCUGGGGUUUUCACUAAGGACCUUCAGAGGGCUCACAGGGUGGUGCAGCGGUUACAAGCUGGUACUUGCUGGAUAAACAACUAUAACGUAACCCCUUCGGAGUUGCCCUUUGGGGGCCACAAGCAGUCGGGCAUCGGCGUGGAAAACUCCGUGUAUGCGAUUGACCACUAUACACAGAUGAAGACUGUGUUCGUCGAGAUGAAGCCAGAUAUUACCGGGGAUAUUCCAUUCUGAUUUCUAUUUUG